AUGGUGGUCUUAACAAGAGAGAGAAGCAGCUGACUGUGUUCCAAACAGUUGGAGAUGAUAAACUUUGCAUCGCCCGGGACUAGUGAAAGCCUCCCGUACCAUUGCGUCACCGCCGCGUUUCUCGAAGCGGCCGAAGACGAGACGCACCGCGGCUGAAGAGGACCACCGAAGACCCCCGACGCACUGCGUAUAUUCUACAGACGAUGGUGGAGUAAAAAGGGGCACACAGGAACCUCCCCAUCCUGCCCAGAUCAUGACAGAUUCCUCCACUAUUCCAGCCCAGCAGUCCAUGGAAGUUGAGGCAGACUGCAGCUCCAGUUCUUUAAAUGACAUGCCACCUGAGGAACCAAGCAAAAAUCAAAAAGUUGACAAUGAGCAUCAUGCCAAUUACUGGUUCUGUGAAGAAUGCAAGGAGUAUUUUGUGGAGAAAUGCCCUAGCCACGGGCCCCCUGUGUUUGUGCCAGACACCCCUGUGGCAUCAGGGGUGCCCAACCGGGCAGCUCUCACUGUACCUGUGGGAUUUGAGAUCCUCAAAAAGCGUGAUAAGGUUGAUGUCUGCUGUAGAGAGGAAAACAUACCAAAGGGAGCGCUCUUUGGUCCUUAUCAAGGCCAACUAAUGGCCUCUGAUAAACAUUCAGGGCCAUACUCAUGGAUGAUUGUUGAUGAGGACAACACAUAUAAAUUCAUUGAUGGGAGUGAUGAAACUACAGCAAACUGGAUGAGGUUUAUUCAGAUUUCCUCUGAUGAGAGCAAAAGGAACCUGAGUGCGUUUCAACACGGCGAGCACAUCUACUUCCAAGUGUGUCGGAGACUAACAGCGGGCAAUAAACUUUUUGUGUGGUACAGCAACGACUACCUAAGACGACUACAGAGUGUGUCCCGGGACAGUAUUGACUGCAACUUGGACACAGCAGUUACACUGGAAGACAAAUAUCAGGAGGAGCCCAGAGGUCCAGUGCUGAGAUCUGCCAUGCAAGGCAGAAGGACCCUCAGUAAGCUUGGAAGUGAUGAAGGAGAAAGCCAGCCACAGGCCAAGAAAAAGAAGAUUGACCUCAUUUUCAAAGAUGUCUUGGAAGCAUCUCUGGAAGCCAAUCAAUGUCAGAACAACCCUCUGAACAGCACCUUGUCUUUUUCAAGAGCAAGACCGAAUGUCUUUCAGGUUUUUAGCCAGCCUGACUUGGAUUCUAAAGACUCUGUCUUCACCUCUGGAUUGGCUUCCAUGGAACAUCUUGAGAGUAGCUUUGAUGCAAAGUGUAUUAAAAUGGAAAACACAGAAGAAGAGGUGACUCUGACAUGUGAUAGACCUUCAACAUCUUUCUGCCCAAACUGUAUAAGGCUCAAAAGAAGAAUCCGUGAGCUGGAGGCUGAAUUGCUCCUUCUGAGAGGACAAGGCCAGACCAAAAUUAUGCCUGUAAUGCCAUCUGAGCCCAUUCCCAGUGAAGAUCUCCGAGAAGCCAUGACGCCUAUCCAAGUCGUCCUUGAAGAGGAUGACCAGGAAGUUGAUUCUGCUGAUGAAUCCAUGUCUGCUGACCUCAUUGUGGCUACAGACGAGUCUUCAAAGCUCUUGGUGGGCUCAGGUCGCCGGAUUCGUCGCUUCAAACAAGAGUGGCUGAAGAAGUUCUGGUUUCUUCGAUAUUCGCCCUCACUGAACGAGAUGUGGUGCCAUGUCUGCCGGCAAUACACCGUCCAGUCCUCCCGUACCUCUGCUUUUAUCAUCGGUUCCAAGCAAUUCAAGAUCCACACCAUUAAACUGCACAGUCAGAGCAACCUACACAAGAAGUGUUUGCAGCUUUACAAGCUGCGCAUGCACCCAGAGAAGACUGAAGAGAUGUGUCGUAACAUGAUGACUCUCUUCAAUUCUGCCUACCAUCUGGCUUUGGAAGGGCGGCCGUUUUCAGAUCUGCGACCCCUUGCUGAGCUCCUGAAGAAGUGCGAACUGAAAGUGGUGGAUCAGUACAUGAAUGAGAAUGACUGUCAGAUUAUAAUUCAACACAUUGCUCGAGCAUUAAAAGAGGACUUGGCAGAGAAGAUCCGCCGUUCGCCCUUUUUAAGCAUCAUCAUGGAUGGACAGAACGAUGACCUCUUGGCUGACACUGUUGCCGUUUAUGUGCAGUUCACGACGGCAGAUGGGUUGCCUGCCACCGAGUUCCUCUCCUUACAAAAGUUAUGUGGAGGCAAUGUGGAAGGCUACGUCCAGGCAGUGGAUCAUGCCUUUGGUGUUCUCGGUCUGAGACUUCAGGACAUGUUAGUGGUUGGUUUGGGAAUAGAUGGCUCCAACAUCUCCUCUAGUUUGAGGGCCAAUCUUUACAUAGCCAUAAGAAAGACAAUCCCUUGGGUAUUGUGUCUACCUGUGAUGAUCCAUCGUCCCCAUUUAGAGGUACUUGAUGCCAUUAGUGGGAAGGAGCUCUCUUGCUUGGAGGAUUUGGAGAACAACUUGAAGCAGCUGUUUGGAUUCUAUCGGUAUUCACCACGUAUGAUGGCUGAGCUGAGGUCAACAGCACCAACUCUAUCCGAGGAAACAGAGUUUCUUGGGGAUAUAAGGGCCAUUCGGUGGAUCAUAGGUGAGCCGAAUGUCCUUAAUUCCCUCAUCAAGGACUACCUGGAGGUGGUUGCUCACUUGAAGUGCAUCAGCAGCCAAACCCAGAGAGGUGAUACUGCUGCUAUUGCCCUGUCUCUUCUACAGUUCCUGUUGGACUACCAAUCAGUAAAGCUGAUCUAUUUUCUGUUGGACAUCAUUGCUGUCUUUUCACGACUUGCUUUCACCUUCCAGGGGGACUAUCUGUUAGUGUCCCAGGUGGAUGCAAAAUUUGAGGAUGCCAUUCAUGAGAUCGGGCAGUUGGUAAACUCCCCAGGGGAGUACCUUCAGGAGUUUGAGGAUAACUUUCGGGAGAGCUUCAAUGGUGUGGACCUCAAGAACCUACGUGUUGCAGAGUCCAAGUUCCAGUCGAUCCGAGAAAAGAUCUGUCAAAAAAGUCAAGGAAUUCUGGCCCAACGCUUUGAACGACGCAGCCGCUCAGUGGUUCAGGCUUGUCAGGUACUUGACCUGGCCACAUGGCCUCUUAAGAGGGAUAAUCUUGGUGCAUAUGGAGAGAAGGAGAUCCUUCUCAUUUUUGACCACCUGGAGACCAUUCCUUCAUAUGGCCGUGAGAACUCACAAGAAAGAAUAGAUGCCCGAGGAAGACUUGUCGCUGAAUGGAGAGAUUUGAAAGCAGAUUAUUGUUGUGUAAAUGGUUUUAAAGAGGUGGUGAGCCACAUCUUCAGAUACAAGCAACGUUUUCCUCUGCUUAAUCACAUCCUGCAGGUUGUCAGGGUCUUACCAACGUCAACUGUAUGCUGCGAAAAAGGAAGAGGUUCGUUACAGAAAGUGCGCAGAAAUAACCGUUCCAGACUGACUCUGGAUCAAACAAAUGAUCUGCUCACCUUGGCCAUUAAUGGUCCAUCUAUCGGCUGCUUUGAAGGAAAGCGAGCAUUGGACAGUUGGUUUGAAGAGAAAUCUGGGAACAGUUGUUCACUCUCGACCGCCGAACAAAACCAUGUGUUGCACAAUAUGGAAAUGAAAACAGAGUUUUAUUCUAAUAUUUGACUGAUCAGAGCCAAUUCCUCAUCCAAAAGCCAUCUCAUUGGAAAAGGGCUGAUAGGGACUAUAAUGUGAUAGGCCAAGUAGUUUGACAUUGGCCCUGCUGCUAAAAUGGCCUUGAUCAGCAUGUUGUCUAAGAGUUGGUAGGAAUGCCAUUGCAGGGCACAGGCACACGAAACACUUUAAAAUGUUCACAUACAUGGUUGCGAUGUGUUGUUAUUCAUGAUGUUUGUGUUCCAAAGAGGAAGUUUCUUAUUUUCUAUCGGUGAGGAUUGUUGUUAAGUGAAUGUUCGACUGAGUUUUAAAAAAACAAGAUUUCAUUGAUUUAUCAGGCAUUGAUAAGUGAAGUCUUUUUAUUCUCUGAGAGUGUCACCGCCAUGCAAGCCUAUAUUCAACUAAAACUAGUUUAAUUAUUCUAUCUGCAAUAUAAUUAGAGCAAUCAGUUUGUAUGUUGAAUUAUAUAAUGAAAAGCACUUCAUUUUUAUUGCAUGUUCAAUAUGCUGGUAAUCAAAAUUGGAAUGGAAAUAGCCACUAUUUUUGCCAUGCAUUAUGUUCUUGCCAUAUAACAGACAUUUUGUAUCUUUUUUUUAUAUAUAUAUACUCUUUAGGUUAACCAUCUGUGUAAAUCUUGAUUUGAACCAUGUGGCUGUGCCAUGAUUCUGUAUUAAAUCAGGCUGCAGUUUACACCCAAUCUAACUGAUUUAUAGAUUUAAAAUAUAUAAAAGUUUGAUGCCUUCCAGCCAAUUAUGAAAAGUCUGCAUUACCUAACAGUCCUGAUUUGUUCUGGUACAUGUUCAUGUUUGCCAAUUUACUGCUGGAAGAGAUUCGUAGACAUUUAUGCACCUCAAAGAAGAGCUCUUUUAAAUCAAACUCGUACAAGAACAAAGCUGUGGAAUCUUUGAUUGCGUUAUUACGUACUUGACACUUAUUGACAAGUAUUUUAUUAGUUUACUUUCCCAUUGCUUUUCUUGUAGCCAACAGCAAGUGUUUAUUUUUUUUACUGUUUUUAGUUUGUUUCUUGCAUAAUCUUGUCUUUCCACUAAUUUCCAAUGAUUAUACCUGUGCAAUAUAUAUAUUACCCUUACAUUAUAUAUUCUUCUAUACACGCAAAUUAAAGUCUUAUUAAUAACGAUCCUUGAAGCAAAACUGAGGUUUCCAACAUGAUAGAACACGUUUUUUAAGAUGCUUAUAUGUUCACCUUUAUAUAAUUUGUUGUUUGUUUUAAAUUGUUUUAUUAUUUCAUAAAAAUUGUUAAUUGGUUCAGAAAGAGUUGGUCAUUUUCAGUGUUGCAUUUGAAAUGUUAAUUAAAAUGAAUGUCAUUUUAAAGCAUUAUUUUAUCUCUCUGUAAAAUAUUGUAAUCUGUGUUAUAUCUUAAUCUAAAACAAAUAGGGAUUACAGUACAGUACUUUCCUAGUUAAUAGGACCUAGUAUAGUGUUAUAUAAAUAUAUAGUAAAUAUAUCUAAUAUUAUCCAAAUGUGCAAAAAGCCAUUUUCUACCUAAAUGACUGUUCUCUUUUACAUCAUACUAUUAAGCUUCAAAGUAGUUUACAUAAAAUAUUUUGCUAGCUUUUUUGAACAGUUUAACAUUUGAACUCUGUUCCAGCAGCAAUGUCUGUGUGAGCUAUCAAAAAUCUGAAUAUUUUUUUUCCUUAAAUUUACUUAUGUGAAUUGCUGUAUGUGUUUGAAUGUUAGACUGUUACCUCACAGUGAGGUAUGUCAUUGAGUGAAUCGUCUUUUAUAGUGGAGGUGUAUUACAUUUUUUGUUUAUUUGUUUGUUUAGAUUGGACUCAAUAAGGGAAUAUACCGUACACUGCCAGGUUCGUUGAACCACCUUUAGCUUUGAUUACGGCAUGCAUUCGUUGAGGAAUUGUUUCGACAACUUUAUGCACCAUCACAACAUUAAUUUCUGUCCAGAAUUGCAUUCAUUUUUGGCCAAGAUCUUGUGUUGAUGACGGGAGAGUCAAAACACACUGUAAAGUCUUCUCCAGCACAUCCAAAAGACUUUCAAUGGGGUUAAGGUCAGGACUCUGUGGUGGUUUAUUCAUGUGUGAAAAUGAUUCCUCAUGAUCCCUGAAUCACUCUUACAUAAGUUGAGCCUGAUGGAUCUUGGCAUUGUCGUCCUGGAAUAUGCCCGUGCCAUCAGGGAAGAAAAAAUCCAUUGAUUGGAUAACCUGGUCAUUCAGUACAUUCAGGUAGUCAGCUGACUUAAUUUUAUUGCCGCAUAUCAUUGCUGUGCCUAGACCUGACCAAUAGAAGCAACCCCAGAUCAUAACACUGCCUCCAGAGGCUUGUACAGAGGGCACUAUGCAUGACGGGUGCAUUGCUUCAUGCUCUUCCCUUCUUACCCUGAUGCACCCAUGCUCUUACUUUCAAUAUUAAACAUAGCCGUGAGCUUUACUGUCGUUUUUUUUUACAAUUUGACUUCAAGCAUUUUAGUGAUCUCCAAUCAUGAUCAUUAAAAAAAGAUUUCAGACCAUAUUUCUUCCCCAAAUCUGACGGUUCACCACAAUCCUUCCAGGUUUUAAUAAUGCGUUGCACAGUUCUUAACACAAUUCCAGUGAUUUUAUUAAUCUCUUUCUUUGCUUGAUGCAGGCCAAUAAUUUGCCCCUUCUGAAACACAGUCACAUGUUUCCACGACCACAGGAUACGUCUUCUGACAUGGUUGUUAAGAAACGACAAGCUACACACUGCAUCAGUUACAGUUAAAAGAAUGGUUGCCAGCUGAAACAUAUUAAUCACUGCAAUCAUGAUCCAACCAUAUGCUCUUAAGUAUUAUUAUUAAUAAGUAAUAAUUAGUUACUUAACUAACUACUUAAUUAUUAUUAUUAAGCUUAUUUCAUUCAAAUGGCAACUUUUUUUGGCCAGGCAGUGUACAUAACGGUAUGUGUAUAUAUAUAUAUAUAUAUAAUUCUGUGCUGAAAUAGUUUUGAAUGUUUGGAGUACAAGGAAUAAAUGCAGUUUGUGUUUAAUUUUCUUCUGUUAAAAAGAUAGUUCACACGAAAAUGAAAAUGACCUUAUUUGCUCACCCUCAUGCCAUUCCAGAUGUGUGAUUUUCUUGCUUCUGCUAAAUGCAAGAAUAUUUCAGCUCUGUAGGUCAUUAUAAUGCAAGUUAAUUGUGGCCAGAAUGCUAAGCUCCAAAAAGUGCAUUAAGGCAGCAUAAAAGUAACCCAUAUGACUGCAGUGGUUAAAUCCAUGUCUUCAGAAGAGAUACAAUAGGUGUGUGAAACAGAUCAAUAUUUAAGUCCUUUUUUACUGUAAUUCUCCACUUUCACAUUCUGAAAUUCUACUUAAGAUUUUUAAGAAAAAGGGAUUAAAAAUGUAUCUGUUUCUCACCCAAAGUGAUUGCAUCGCUUCAGAAGACAUAUGUUAAACCACUGGAGUGUUAUGUAUUACUUUUAUGCUGCCUUUUAAGUGAUUUUUGGAGCUUCAAACGUCUGGUCACCAUUCACUUGCAUUGUAUGGACAUACAGCGCUGAAUUAUUCUUCUAAAAAUCUUUGUUUUCUGCAGAAGAGCAACAUCUGCUGGCCUUAAAGUGAGUAAAUGAUGAGAGAAUUUAAGUUAAUUGUAUUUUCAUUUUAGUCAAUGAUUGUACAAAUGUUUGUACACUUAUUUUUUUAUUAUUAUACAAAUCAAAUACUUGUUUGUAUUUACACCUUCUGAGUCUUUUUCUUUCUCUCUUUUUCACUCGUUUUGUUUUUUAUGGUCAAUUCUGAUCAAAUGAGCCAAAGUCAAGCCUGAGUUUGUUUUAAGACUUUAACACAUCUUUCUUUUGUCAAAAAAUGAUGUGUACCAAAUUGUACUUUUAAAGUCAAUAGUCAUAAUUCUGUAGAUUUACUUUUCAUGUAAUCACAAUAAUGUGUACUGUUGUUGUAUCAUGAAUUAUUAUUAUUAUUAUUAUUAUUUUCAAAUGUAUUAUUGAUGACAUGUUUGCAUCUGGGAGACACCUGGUAAAGCCUAAGGAACAAGGUCACUUCUGGUUUAUUUUCAAAAGUAAAUAGUAACGGUAGCUCUCAAUUCUUAUCCGUUUCUCCUUGCAAAGAGAAAUGUCAUUAAUGUCAUUUUAGUUACAUUUAUACAUCAUACACGCUUUGCUAUUCUUCCUGAAAACAUAACACUGGAAACUCAAAAAUAUGAACUUCAUGUGAAUUUUAAGAAAUGUCUACCUGAAGAAUGUGGACUUGUAUAAUAGAAACCCUCUUAAAAUGACAGAAUAUGGAAUCUAUA